AUGGUCAAGAUGGUCAAGAUGGUCAAUACAACGAUGUUCAAUUACAAGAGAAGCUUGGGAUGUCUAGGUGGAUCCUUGUCAAAGUUUCAAGUAUUGUCGGAUCUUCACCUUGAAGUUGGGGACCAGUAUCUGAGCUUCCAUAUUCCUGUCCAAGCCCCUUUUCUCAUCCUUGCGGGCGACAUUGGUCGACUUCAAGACUACGACAAAUACCUUUCUUUCCAUCACGACACAAUGCUGGAGAACGAGGAAAAGACCAUGGGAAGACUGAAAGUCUUCAAUCGGACAAGACUGGACCUUCACCCAUCCCUCUGCAUCCUUGGAUGCACACUCCAGUCAUACAUCAGGCCGGAGAAUCGUACAGCGGUUGAGCAAAGAGUGAAGGACUUUGCCAGAAUACCAAACUGGACGGUUGAGCUGCAUAACGAGGAACAUCAAAAAGAUCUCGAUUGGCUGCGGACCGAGAUCAACUCAAUCAGGUCCGAAUCGGAGCACAGUCGAAGAGCGAAACGUAUCCUCGUUAUUUCCCAUCAUGCGCCCAUCAAAAAUGGAAGCAGCCAUCCCAAAAACCAGAAUAACCCUUGGGCAGAUGCAUUUGCAACAGACUUGAUCGGAGUCCACGAGGAGAUGAGCAAAGUGCAGUGGUGGGUCUUCGGACACACACAUUACACCACCCAAUGGCGUCAACAUGGAAUCAACCUCAUCAGUAAUCAGCGGGGCUAUGUACUCGACCCUGGCCGCAACGAAAGAAAGAUCAAAAGCAAAGAGAGCUGGUACUUUGUUGCUUCCUUAUUCCAACGAAAAGAGAGCCACUUUGACCCGCGAAAAUGUAUCAAAAUCAGACUUUAACGUCUCCAUGGUACCGCUCAUCUCACCCAAGUAUGCCCGACUGAACAUCCCCACGCAAUUCCAGCUGUGAAUACCAGCGUUGUCCACUGAUACAGCAUCGCUGAGUGUCAGAAUUCACGCUUAACGUUGUGUAGACUAGCGUUAUUCCCUGCGAUUAUCGAAGUACGAGAGCCGG